AUGGAAAGGAUCAUCACCGUCAAUGCCGUGUGGCUCAUCGGUCUGAUUGAAGAGAAUGUAGGUAAGGAAACUAUUCUGAAAGUGACAGAUUGGUUGCGUGGAAUUUGGGAAAUGAGGCGACGUGCCGGCGGACCGAUUCAACAAUGGAUUGACUCCAUACCGUCUUCCGCGAAAUCAGACGUUGUCAAUGCGAGCGAGUGUCGAGAACGUAUCCCGAGCCACGAACAUAAACUGUUAACACCAACCGAGCCUAAGGACAUUCCAUUUUCUAAGGAUUUACAGUCUCCAAGUAUGACCGUAUCAGCGCCUAUUAACAUUCCUAAUUCUCCAGCAAUGAAUACACCGAUAUUACCAAGUUCACUUCCUCAUCAGAGACUGGCACGAGAUGCCAGUUUUCAGUCGGACAGCAGUCACUGCAGUAGCGUCGAGAGCUUAUUAGAAUUACGAAAGGCAGAUCCGGCAGCGAUUCUAUUCGAUCUUGGCUUUGGUGGCUCUACGGCCAGUCAGCAGGAAAACGGUACAAUUUCUCGUAUUCCUAGAAGGUUCCUACAGCCGUCGUCGUUAAGAGGCAUCGCUAUAGACGAGUUUCUUAAGCAGCAACAGGAGACCACAGAGUCUUUUGAUUCAAUAUCUUUAGGAUAUAGAGGCCUAACAGGAUCACCAUAUGUAGCUCCAUCGGAAAUUGUGCAAAAAAUUAUGGAACGCUUGCGGGAACAUGACAGCCAUGAAGUGGAUACAAGUCCGUAUAAUUAUGACCAGUACAGUUCAUUACAUCAAAAUGGAAAAUUCUCUGUGCUGUCUCCUGAUAACAGGCAAUUUUUGGAACAGCCGCGUUCUAAAAGCCCCGAUAUGCGCAACAAGCGUAUGAUUAUAGGGCAAAAAUCAUUUACUUUCGGAUGCGACGGAAAUUUAAUUGAAGUAUCUACCGAUGAUACAAAACUUACGUAUGAUUCAGUAAAUGGUCAUAAUAGUUCACUGGAUGCCAGUGAAUCUGUGGAAUUAAAGCAAUUGUUUCCAGAAGGAAGUGUAACAUUUGAACACCGAUAUCUUUCAAAGUAUGACAAAGGGUUAGCGAAACAAUUGUCGUUUGAUGAUAUCGAAUUUUCUGAAACUGAUCAAUUAUCAAAAAAUGAUCGGGGGAUCUCGAAUAGUUUAAAUAUUGCUCAAAGUGGCACAAGUAUAGAUGAUAGGGAACAAGGAUAUAAUAUAACAAAUACAACUUUUAGAAAACACAAGUUUUCUGAUACUCGAAGGGCUAGCGAUGGUUCGUGUGACACUAAACUCUUAAAGAAUAAACUAUUUUAUGGAAGACGAUUUAGUGAUAGCGCAAUGCGUAUUGCUGAACGUCAAAAUAAGGAGCAUACGUUAAUGCAAAAGAGGAAAAGUCUCAAAAGACAGUCUAGAGUAUGUGAUACAACCGCAAUGUAUUAUUGCGAUUUAAGUCCUAUUAGGUCUAGUAUACCAAGUAUAGUAAUAAUAGAACCUAAUGUAGAUAAUGAAGUAUCAAGUGGCGUAACUGAUAGUGCACAAUCAAAUAUACCGAAAACAUUCGAGUCAGCCGAAGAUAAAAACGAUUCGGAGUUAAAAACGGAGACGGAAUUUUUAUUUAGUAAAUCUAAUUAUAUGCCUUCGCCAUCAAAUGUUAGUGAAUCUAUCAACGGAUUAGAAUGCUUUCAAACAGCACUGGAAGAUUCGGCAUCUAGUGAUCAUUCUUGUACGGAAGAUAAUCAAACUUGUUGUUACAAAGGUAAAGUAUGUAAAGAUUGUAAGCAUGGUAAAAACUGUCCGGAUUGUUGUUGUUACGCUAACAAACGGAAAUAUCGGAAAAAGAUGGAGAAGAUCAUGCAAGAAAAUAAGAGAUUAGAGGAUAUGCUAGCGAGAAGUAGGAGAGAGGUGGCACAGAUUCGAGAUAUGCUAAGCAGCGUGUUAUCAGUCAGGAUGGAACCAGGAUUUUAAAUGGAUUACUAGAGCAAACUUGCCAAUUUUGGUAAAAGUAAUACUGUCAUCUUGUGAUAUGCGGAGGU